GCACGCAUAUUAUGGACUGCAACCUGCUGAUUCCUGUUAGACUCUGACACUCCGCCUGUGGGAGUAGGUGACUGUCGCUGAGAGCGCUUCGAACAGUUUAAGGACCCAGUGCGCAGCUUUGGAAAAGCCAUAAAUCCAGGCGAGUAGAUAUAUCCGCUGUAAGUAACAUGGCUUCUGUCAGAGGAGUUGUUCUUCUUCUGGUAAAUGUGACAUCAGACGGUGUCUGUUGACCGACUUACUGGAGCGCUCAGAAUUAAGUUUCACAUGGUGCACUUUAUCCUGAAGGAGCCAAGCGCGCUACGGCGAUCAGAAAUGAAAGCUGGGCCGAUACUAUUAUGCGCAUUUUGCUUUGGCGAGUCUUUUAAAUGGCUUGAUACACGAUUCUUUCUUUGCUUUUGAUCUUUGGUUGCCACAGAUCACAACGCGCCCGGACGGACUUUGGUUACCAUUACGCGCAUUUUUACUUUCGGAUAGGCGACUGAAGCUCCAAGCCAGCCACUCUUGGGACUCCGGAGAGCCACUGAGGGACAACACCAUGACCAUCCGCUGGCUUGCCUUGGUCGGAUUGUGGUGGAGCGCUUAUUACUGCAUGUUCACAGUCGCGGGGAGUAAUUAUUCACUGGAUGGGAAUAACGAGGUUCAAGCAGGUUUCACCCACCGGCGGCUGAGGACGCAUGAGAAGAGGGAGAUGCAGAAGGAGAUCCUGUCCAUCCUGGGGCUGCCCCACAGACCGAGACCACAUUUGUCAAACGGAAAGUACAACUCCGCUCCGCUUUUCAUGCUGGACUUAUACAACACUAUAUCCAGCGAGGAGAAGAGGCAAGUGGAAAGCAGGUUGGAGCGAUAUCAGGCCAUGCGGACGACCCAGAGCCCUCCCCUGGCCACAUAUCAAGAAACUGCCUUUCUAAAUGAUGCAGACAUGGUGAUGAGCUUCGUUAAUUUAGUGGAGUACGACAGGGAGCUCUCACCGCACAGGCGUCACCACAAGGAGUUCAAGUUCAACCUCUCGCAGAUCCCAGAGGGCGAGGCCAUCACCGCCGCCGAGUUUCGCCUCUACAAGGAGUGCGUGAGUCGUGCUUUCCGCAACGACACCUUCCUGCUGAAAGUCUACCAGGUGGUCAAGGAGCACCCUGACAGAGAGGCAGAUCUGUUCCUGCUGGAGUCUCGCAGGCUGUGGGCAGCUGAGGAGGGCUGGCUGGAGUUUGACAUCACUGCCACUAGUAACCUGUGGGUGAUGAGUCCCGCACACAACCUGGGUCUGCAGAUCAGUGUGGAGACCAGCAGCGGACAGAGCGUCAGCUCCAAGGAGGCGGGGCUCGUAGGACGCGACGGUGCACUGGAUAAGCAGCCUUUCAUGGUGGCCUUCUUUAAAGUCAGUGAAGUGCACAUCCGCACCGUCCGCUCCGCUAGUGGGAGACGGCGCCAGCCGCACCGCAAUCGAUCCGCACAACCGCCAGAGGGAUCUAGAGGGCCGGGCCUAGCAGACUACAACAGCAGUGAUCAGAAGACAGCAUGCAGAAGACACGAGCUGUACGUCAGCUUCAGAGAGCUGGGCUGGCAGGACUGGAUUAUUGCUCCUGACGGCUACGCAGCCAACUACUGUGAUGGAGAAUGCUCCUUCCCCCUUAAUGCCCACAUGAAUGCCACCAACCACGCCAUUGUGCAGACGCUGGUGCACCUGAUGAACCCCGAGAACGUACCCAAGCCGUGCUGCGCCCCCACCAAGCUGCACGCCAUUUCAGUGCUCUAUUUCGACGACAACUCCAACGUCAUACUGAAGAAAUACAAGAACAUGGUGGUGCGGGCCUGCGGCUGCCACUGACAGACAGAUGAAGACUGGUAGUGCUUCAGUCAAAGUUGGGUGUACGUUGACCUCAGGUAGACACCGGAUUCCCGCCCAAAUCUUCAACAUGCAAAGGAACGUCCAGCCUGAAAGAUCAUUCCCAUGUUCCAUUUCCAUAAUUGUUAAGCCUGCUAACAUAUCAAGUAGCAAGUAUUCCCCACCACAUGUGGAUCAUCCAUAGGCAACUUCACCUUGUUCCAGUCUUGAGCCACCAAGUUGUCUACCACCCUUCCUGUUAGCUGUGGACGGGGGUCUUCUCUUCAUGGGUCUGCAACUGAAUGAAUGACUGUGUGUGUAUGUGUGGGGGGAGGCAUUUAAGCAUUUAAGUUUGUAUAUUAUGUGUUUACUGAAGUGUGUGUAUGAAUGCCUGAGAGGCUACUGCACCUUCUCCCUCCCUGAGAGGGUGAAACUGAACUGUCGUGGGACCAGUCAGAGUGCUGCUUUCUUUCCCGUCUUCUCUCCAACAUAGAAAAAAAGAGCAAGGUGCAUCAGUUCUCGCAGGAGGCUCAGAUAAUGAACAGCUUCCCUACAGCACAUGACACUGCAGGGCUAACACCCCCGUCAUAUUUCCAAGUGGUGUGAAUCAGCCCGACUUUCUUUUUUCUGUGCAAAAUGUUGUUAACCAAAACCAUCUAAUACAAACUGAAUGAUACUUUGGAGUCAGCACACUCAUAUUUCCUUCCUCCCCUCUGCUGUUUUUUUUCUCGAGCCAUAUUUGCCUUCCCAAAAAUAUAAUAUGGACUUAACCAAAGUGACCGCAGGCUAUUUUAGCAGUGGACCGCUCCAAAUAUCCCCCCCGACACCACCACCUCCUCUCCUCCAUGUCAAUAUUUGCCAGGCUGGGGCUGAGCUGCGAUUCACCAGGCUGGUUCAACAUGAUGCAUGUUGUGGCUAAACUGAUGUUUUUCUCCAAAGAACCGAAGAAUACAGCCUUAUCCCUCGGACAUACCACAAAUGGCCAUUUCCAUGUCGCUGCUCUCAUAAAGUUAACAAACGCUUCCACUCCUGACAGCCCAUCAUGAAAUAGUAGAGAAAAAAAACAUCCCGCAGAACGGUUUGUGUCAGCGUUCUGAAAUUAGCCGGUUGCUUUUUCAACCCCGAGGGUGAAACUGUGUUCGGAUAUGGACAGGUGACAAAUUAAUGGAAAAACCUGAAUGCUCAAACCCUGCACAGUGGGGGUAUCUCGUACUAUUCUUUUAAAGCAUUCAUUGGCGGGAUCAGUUUGUUCUGUGUUAAAUCUUGAAGGGAAUGGCCGCUUCUAGGAUAACAGCUUUGCCCUUUUCAUAGAGCCUGUGGCCCUCAAGUCACCAGAUCUCAACCCAGGUUGGUAGAUUUUCGACCAAUCAAUCACCUCUUUAAGUUUUAGAGAGCUGAAGAAUUAAAAAUAAACGUGCAUUCGAGCAGUUUUGCUGAAAAGCAGUGCCUGGUUUUUCCUUUAAUUUGUCACCUGUCACGUGGCAACGUCUUCCCAACAGAGUAUGUAACUGUGAGCUUUAAAUGACAUGAGUACUUUUAGAGCAUAUUUUAAUGAAAAACUAAUACCAGUAAGAAUCAGAAUACCUUACGUGCCUAACCAAUCAUACAUUACAAAAUAUACCUCUGGUAAGCUGCUGUUUACAUUUGUGAUCAUGUUUAGUUUUUUUUUGUAAAUACUUGUACAUUCUCAGCUUAUUUAUUGCACCUUUUAUUAAAAAAAAAAAAUAUCACAUACGUUAUUAACAGAGAUGCAAGAGCAAAAUGAAAAUGCAAAGUUAUUUUUGAGAAAAAUUUAUUACGAAAUCUCAUGUUACAUUUUGCCAUUAUUCACUCUUUUGUACAAAAUCUGUGGGUUGUGCACAAACUAUAACCCAUGAAAAGGAAAAAAACAACAACAAAAAAACAUGACUUUGUCACUGGAGUUGCUUAGACCAUGUGCUAUCCAUAAAAACUUUUACUGAGAAAAAA